UAUGAACUGUAAACAGACUUUCCAAACGUGRCCAUCAAAAAAACAUUGUUUAACUUCUCAAAAGAAUUUAUCCUUCUAGCAAGUAGAAYUGCUUUAUCUUGUUUUCUAAAAGGCGGGAAAUUUGCUACACAUCCUGAAAGCUUGCUCCUUGAUUAUGAAGCAGGACUCUACAUCUAAUUUUCCUCCUUCACCGAGMCAGCUCGAAAGGCCAACAACAACAGCACACAGACAAAGAACAGCAGAUUCAGGGCUUAGAAACAUAGAUUCUAGRGCUUCUGCGGUAAACAAUCCAACACACAGGACCGGUAGUCAAGAUGGUUUUGGCCGUCCAGGAUUACGACUGACUUCUCUCUCGGCAUUGUACAAACCAGCUUUCAAACCUUACGCUUUUUCGCAUAUGUAUUCUACAAAAUAUAGCCAGGAUUUUCAUGAAAAACAGAUCGACCCGCCUGCUCCGUUGAGGCCAGAUUCGACGAAUUACGCCCGAAUCGACUAUGCUUUUAAUAAAACCAUGUACAACCAUCAUUUUCAAGAGCGGAAGCCCAUGACAUUGGCGUUUGUAGUACCGUACUCAAGGCAUAGGAAAAAUAACCCACAACCAGCAAAAAUGACAAAUAAUUAUAACUAUCCUAACUCGUCGAGAUGGAUUUGGUCAUCACCUACAGAAUCGCACGAAAGAGAUUCACAAUCUGCACAAG